UGGGGCAACCAGGAAGUAGGUGUCAGUUAAAGAGGAAUAGAAACAUUAACUAAACAGCGGGGAGCCCCUGGGAAUUGCCAAUAUGAUAACAGUUUAGGAGCAGGAAGGACAAUUAGACAAACUACCAUCACACAGGUCACAUGUUACUGUCACUUUAAUGCUUGCAGACUGACACAUGGUAAGACAGUAAGGGGCUACUAGGUAACUGACUACUGUCUUAAACAUGGCAGAUGAAACCUUGUUUGCCCUCUUACACACAGAGAUCGUUUCCCAUGCGCAGAAGAGUGCGGGUCAGGACGAUGAGGAUCAAGGGACGCAUAUACGUAUUCUAGAGUCUAUGGGAUUUCGUGUUGGUCAAGGGCUUACUGAAAGGUUGACAAAGGACAGCCCGUCAUUCAAAGAUGAUCUAGAUGUUGUUAAAUUUGUUUGUAAGGAUUUUUGGACAGUUGUCUUCAAGAAACAGAUUGACAAUCUAAGAACAAAUCAUCAGGGUACCUAUGUGUUACAAGACAACAAGUUUCAGCUUUUGACACAGAUUUCUUGCAGUAAGCAAUAUUUAGAAGAAGCUCCCAAGUUCCUAGCGUACACAUGUGGACUUAUUAAAGGAGCACUUUCCAAUUUGGGCGUGAGUAGUACAGUUUCUGCAGAGGUCCCUAUAAUGCCUACCUGCAAAUUCCAAAUUGUAAUUUUAAAGAUUUAAUGGGACAGAAGAUUCAAAGACCAUUUAUUAUUUCGCCAAGAAGAAAAAGAAUAUAUAAUUUAAAAAAAUAAAUCU